AUGUUCCAAGCUCUCACCAGUACAGUCUGCCUGAGGUUAAAUCUCAGGCAGUUACUCCUGGAGGACGCCACCUCUGCCACUCCCGCCGAGGUUGCCAGAGCGCAGGUGGGAAGAGCUAGCCAGCGGGGGAAGUUGGAAGCGAGAAGGCAUCAACUCUUAAUCCAACGUCCCCCACAUCUUCACAAUCCAACCAUUGAUCCAACAUCUCCACACAAUCAACAUUCCAUUACAACAUCUCCACAAUCCAAACCCUCCCCACAACACCUCAACCCAACAUUUUUCCCAUCCCCACAAUCAAACAAUUCCCACAUAUCCACAUCCCCCACAUUCCCCACAACCCCACAAUCCCACAUCCCCACAACACCUCAACCCCAACAUUUUUCCCAUCCCCACAAUCAAACAAUUCCCACAUAUCCACCCCCACAUUCCCCACAACCCCACAAUCCCACAGUCCCCACAACACCUCAACCCAACAUUUUUCCCAUCCCCACAAUCAAACAAUUCCCACAUAUCCACAUUCCCCACAACCCCACAAUCCAACCCUUAAUCCACAUCCCCACAACAUCUCCACAAUCAAACAAUCCCCACAUAUCUACAUUCCCCACAACCCCGCAAUCCAACCCUUAA